AUAAAGAUCCUUCACAGAUUCAAAUGUACAAGUGUAAUUACUGCAAUUAUGAAACCAGAUAUAGGAAGGGUAUCAAACGGCAUGAACUGCAACAUAAAAAUUCAUCUGAGGUCCAGAUGUACAAGUGUAACCACUGCGACCAUCAAACUAAAUACAAGCAGAAUAUAAAAAAGCAUCUACUGAAUCAUAAAGAUGCUUCGCAGAAUCAAAUGUACAGGUGUGAUUUUGAAACUAAAUACAGCAAUAAUAUCAAAAAGCACCAACUGCAACAUAAAGAUCUUUCAAAGGUCCAAAUGUAUAAGUGUAACGAUUGCGAUUACGAAACUAAGGACAAGUACCAAAUCAAAAAGCACCAACUAAAACAUAAAGAUCCUUCACAGAUUCAAAUGUACAAGUGUAAUUACUGCGAUUAUGAAACCAGAUAUAGGAAGGGUAUCAAACGGCAUGAACUGCAACAUAAAAAUUCAUCUCAGGUCCAGAUGUACAAGUGUAACCACUGCGACCAUAAAACUAAAUACAGGGAGAAUAUCAAAAAACACCAACUGAAACAUAAAGAUCCUUCGCAGGAUCAAAUGUACAGGUGUAACCAUUGCGAUUUCAAAACUAAAUACAGGGAGAAUAUCAAAAAGCACCAACUGAAACAUAAAGAUCCUUCGCAGAUUCGAAUGUACAAGUGCAACGACUGCGAUUACGAAACCAAAUACAAGUGUAACGACUGCGAUUACGAAAAUAAGUACAAGAAUGUUAUCAAACAGCACCAACAGAAACAUAAAGAUCCAUCUGAGGUCCAGACUUACAGGUGA